AUGACUACUCCUCCGACUCAACGUCCACGGCUCACUGCAGUGGAAAUGGAGGCUCUUAUCCCUGCGUUCGAACCUGGACAGAAAAACGGGCUUCUUGCGGAAGAGUGGAUCCGGAAAGUGGAUGAUGCCAUUGUCCUUUUUGAUAUGGACGCCAAACAAUCCCUGGUGGCUGCAGUGUUUCGGCUUAAAGGUGCCGCCAAGGAUUGGUAUGAAGGAAACCAAGGGAAUAUACGAUCGUACAGUGACUUCAAGAAGGAGAUUCUACUGAAUUUUCCGGAGAAGUUGUCCGUGGCACAAGUGCACCACGAACUGAAGUCAAGGAAGAAGAAAGAGGACGAGUCGAUCGAAGAAUAUUUCCACGCGGUAGUAAAGCAGGCCAGGAGAAUCAGACUGGAAGACGAUGCAAUUCGUGACUACCUAAUAGAGGGCAUCCCGGACACAAUGAUGCAGGGUCUGUUGACAGCAGCUCCACCUUCUUCUCUUACGGAGUUUCUGUGCUUUAUGAAGAAGGUACACACAAUUAUAAAGGACAAGAGUGGCAAUAAUUCCGAGGAGAAGAAGAGAUAUCAUCCGUACAAGAGAUGGGGUGGAAAGAAAGGAGCCAACGAUGCUGGGACGUCAGCCUCCGAGGCAGAAGAAAAGGAUUCCAUGGAGGAAAAAGAGGAAGAGAAGAAGAUAAACCCAGGAAAGCCACGAAAGCGACAGUGUUUUGCUUGCGGGUCAGAAGAGCACCUCGUCAAACAGUGCCCCAAACGCAAGGAUUUUCCGUAG